AGAAACACAACAUGACUGAGAAGAGUGAUAUAUGUCUGCUGGGACUGAUCCUUCUCUCUUCACUAUUCACAGGUGAGAGUGGAGCAGAAGACUCUGAUGUGUUCAUCAGUUCUGGUGAAAGUGUGUUUCUGUCCUGUAAUGAUGCUCUUCAUCAAUGCUCCUCAACUACAUGGACCUACAGUAAAUAUACAACAUCAUCUACAGUAGAAGUGUUUACUGGAGGAAUAAAUAAGAAUAACACAGAGAGAUCUGAGAGACUGAGUCUGACAUCUGACUGCUCUCUCAAGAUCUGUAACACAACACAACAUGAUUGUGGACUUUACACCUGCACACAAUAUGUGAAUGGACAUCAACAUGGAUCUUAUUCACGUGUUUCACUACAUGUUCUUCAUGUGUCUUCAUCAUCAUCAUCAUCAUCAUCACAGACUGAGAUAAGAGCAAACACAUCUGUCACUCUCUCCUGUCGGCUGUUUUCAUAUAACUGUGAUCAUAUGUUCAGUGAUGAUAGAUAUCAGCUGGUGUGGAUGAAUCAGGCUGAUGUUGAUCUACAGACAGACUCCAGAUAUCAGAUUAGAUCAGAUAAACUCUGUAUCAUCUCUCUGACUACAACACUCGUGAAUGAAGACGACAACACAGAGUUGAGAUGUGUGCUCAAACACAAGAAUGACGUUGCAUGUAAGAAUGACAAUAAUGGAACAUUCGACACCAUCAACAUCGGUCCUCCUACUCCUAGCACAAAUGAGCAGAAAGAUGAUGUGGUUUAUUCUGAGGUGACUGUUGUCAGUAAAAAACAACUGAAGAACAGCAAUGUUCAGUCUGCUGGUGAUGUGACUUAUGCCGCCAUCAGAGGAGGAAAAACUGAGCCUGAAGACGCCUGA